AUGCAUUUAUCACUGGAUACCAUGAGCAUGGUGGACGACAGCUGCCUCUCGCCCAGCAACUUCCACGAGAUGGGCAAAGGUGGGGGCUUCGCUGCGGGGGGCCGCGUCCACAGCAUCGAUGUCAUUCUCGGUUUCAGCAAAGACCAGGACCCCCUGCUCAGUCCUGCUGGGGCCCCCGGACCCAAUAAAGUGGACAUAGAGGGCCUGGUGGAGUCCAAUGGGAAGCUGCAGGAACCCUCAUCACACCCGUCCUACAGCGGGCACCUGGUCUCUCUGAGAAAUGGCAGCACAGAGCAGCAGCAGUACCACGACACUGGCUUAUUCACAAAUAAGUGCGAUGAUGAGCUGAGUGAGGCGAGGAAGAGCGUCGACAGUGACGAAGGCAAGUGUCCGGAGCCCUGCAAGGAAGAUCAGCCCAAGAAGAAACACAGGCGCAACCGCACCACGUUCACCACCUACCAGCUGCAUGAGCUGGAGCGUGCCUUCGAGAAGUCCCACUACCCAGACGUGUACAGCCGAGAGGAGCUGGCCAUGAAGGUGAACCUGCCUGAGGUCCGAGUUCAGGUCUGGUUCCAGAACCGCAGAGCUAAAUGGCGUCGGCAGGAAAAAAUGGACGCCAGCACAAUGAAGCUCCACGACUCUCCCAUGCUGUCCUUCAACCGCCAAGCGCCCGUUCACAGCAUGGGUCCGAUGGCCAACUCGCUCCCCUUGGACCCCUGGCUGACCUCUCCCCUGUCCAGUGCCACGCCGGUCCACAGCAUCCCCGGCUUCAUGGGUCCACCUCAAGGCCUCCAGCCCAGCUACCCCAGCCACGGCUUCCUCAACUCCAAUCCAUCCAUGGGUCAGGGGAUGCAGAGUAUGGCUCCGCCUCCUUACCAGUGUCAAGCACAGUACACAGAGAAAUACCCUCUGGAGGACGUGGACCAGCGCAGCUCGAGCAUCGCUGUACUGAGAAUGAAAGCAAAAGAACACAUCCAGUCUAUGGACAAAACCUGGCAACCCAUGUGA